AGUCUCAGUCCUCUACCAAAAAAAAAAAAAAAAUCUCAGUCCCUCCUGGGAAGGCUCGAUCAACCCUAAAACAACACGUUUUUCUGUUCCCCACAAAAAUAGUAAAGAAAGCAACAGAGGGCGAAAGCCAGAGUUUUUGGGUUUUUACUGUUUUUUUUCUCUGUCUUUUUUUUUUUUUUUUCAGGGUUUCUGUGUUUGUUAUAUUAAUCGAUGACCAUCCAUGAUCCAUCCCAUCUGUUUCGGUUCUAUAUAUUUUUCUCACCAGCAAACAUUCUUUUCUAAAUUUAGGGACAUAUAUAGCUAGGACUCACUGUUCCUAGCUAAGCUAUUCUAACGCCUUUGAAUUUUCCACAAACCAAGAAUCAAAACUCUCUCUUCAAUUCUUCCUCUGUUGAAUUUCGCUUCUGUGUACAAUAGAACGGCUCUGUGUGUGUGUUCAGGUAUAGCAAACCAGCAAUGUCAUCUCCUUGCUGCAACAAAGCAGCUGCAAACUCAGUGUUGUACAUGUGUUGAAAAUUGAAGAAGAUGGAAAUAAUUUACCAGCCCUAUAUCGACCCCGAGUACGAAUGCCUCAUCGAAAGAAUCUACCCGCCGUGGGUUUGUAUCGACAACGACACAUGCAAAGAUUGCACCCUCGUGAAGGUUGACAGUGCAAACAAGCACGGGAUUUUACUGGAGAUGGUCCAAGUUUUGACAGAUCUUGAUCUUGUUAUUUCCAAAUCUUAUAUCUCCUCUGAUGGUGGAUGGUUUAUGGAUGUGUUCCAUGUGACGGAUCAACUCGGCAACAAAAUCACUGACGAGAGCAUCAUACUUUACAUUCAGCAGGCACUUUGUGCUAAAAGGGGAGUGAUUGCAAAAGAGGCAAGACUAUGCCUAGGAAAAGAAGUGGCACCGGGAGCGAAUGAUUUAGCCCUAGAAAUGACCACCAAGGACCGACCGGGCUUGAUGUCCGAGAUCUCCGCGGUCCUGGUUGAGCUCGGCUGCAACAUAACUGCUGCCGUGGCUUGGACCCACAGCACCCGUGCGGCGAGUAUCUUCUAUGUCGAAGAUGGGCUGGACGGAGGGCCCAUCACGGACCCAAUACGGCUAGCAAAUGUCCAAGAGCAGCUAGAAAAUGUAAUUGAAGCCCAUCACGAGGAGGGCGAGAAGAGGAGUGUGAGGCUGACUACCCCCGCGGUCGGACGGACCCACACAGAGCGGCGGCUCCACCAAUUGAUGUACGGGGACGAUGACUACGAGAUGUGUCGGGGUUGCGAUGGCGGUGAUAAAGGACACAAGAAGGGUUGUGAUCGAACCCAUGUGUCGAUAGAGAGUUGCAAGGAGAAGGGGUAUUGGAUUGUCAAUGUAAGAAGCAAAGACCGUCCUAAGCUGUUGUUUGACACAGUUUGUGCUCUCACUGACUUGGAAUACGUUGUGUUCCAUGCUCUGGUUUCUUCCGGGGGCACCAUGGCUGAUCAGGAAUAUUUUGUAAGGCACAAGGAUGGCUACACUUUGAACGCAGAGAGUGAAAGGCAAAAGCUCACUCUAUGUUUAGUUGCUGCAAUAGAGAGAAGGAUCUCAGAAGGAUUGAGACUUGACCUCUGUGCCAAAAACCGGAUGGGACUAUUAUCAGACAUCACAAGGGUCUUCCGAGAGAGUGGUUUAUCAAUAUCAAGAGUCGAUGUUGGAACAUACGGUGAGAGAGCGGUGGGAUCAAUCUAUGUCACAGAUGCUUCAGGUCACGAUGUGAAUCUGAACACAGUGGAAUUGGUGACAAAGGAAAUUGGAGGAUCUGCCAUUGCGGUUCACAAAUCACAGAAGUGGGCUGCUCAUGGUUCUUCAUCAAGGACAAGCCAGAGAGUACCAAACACGAGAGUAGAAGAUGAAGGAAAACCAAGACCGUCAUUUGGAAGUUUGCUCUGGGCUCAACUGGAGCGCCUUUCCAGCAGCUUUGGACCCAUUAGAUCAUAAAGGAGCUUCAGGUUACUUCCGUGGUGUUUUGUUGUAUUCAUGAAUGUCAUACAUCUGUACAUAAAUGUGUAGAAUCAGGAGUCAAGAGUAGCUUUUCUCUCCUUCCUAGCCAGCUAGCUUAUGGAAGUUCAAUUAAGAUGAUCUAGAUCGUUUUUCUUUUGUAGGAAGAUUUCUUCAUCUAGACCUUUCUUCUUUUGGAAGAUUUGGAACUGAUUUAAUCCUACCAAUAUCCUAAUCUCAUGCCACUUGAGCUAAGGCUCAUUGGUACAGAUUAGUUAGCAUA